AGUAUCGGCGCACGCGCAGUUAACGCGCGAUCCUUGAACGAGAAUCUAGUGACAAUGAUAUGAUUAUACUCGGACAACGUUACGUACUUUUUUAUUAGUAGUUCUGACAGGGGAUUAUAGAGGACGUGUGUGUGUUAUUGUUAAAAAAUAGAACAUGCUGUGAACGUGAAGUGAUAUUUAUUCAGUGUAUUUUUUUUUCGUUUUGAUUUAUUAAUUUUUUGAGAUCGUAAGCACUAAGACUUCAUAAUGUUUGAGUGCUUCCUAGAAAUCGGCUUUGAAGCCGAAGUAAACACGAAAGAAGACCCAGAGUUAAUGGAGUUGGCAUAUGAGCAGUGCAAAGAGAAUCUAGCUACCAGGGCAGCAGCCAUCACAGAGCUUAGGCAAAUGAUAUUUGAUAGGGGCGAAUGCCAGCCUUUAAGAACAGAUGACGAAUUCCUGCUAAGGUUUCUUCGAGCGAGAGAAUUCAUUGUACCAAGAGCACAUAAACUGUUGGUCAGAUACUGCACGUUCAGAAAAGAGAACAAGCAUCUCUACGAAGGAGUGGACCUUUGGGACCUCAUCAAGGUGAAGGAUGCGUAUGAAGGCACCAUGCUGGACCGACCAGAUACAGGGAGACUUUCCGCCUUCAGAUUCGGUCAGUGGGACCCAAGUGAGUACCCUGUGGAAGACCUACUGCGAGCAGGUCUGGCGAUGAUGGAGAUCGGUAUCAGGCAGCCGAAGUUGCAGAUCCUGGCCGGCACUGUGAUCGUGGACUUGGAAGGCCUUACGUUACGCCAUGUCGCGGCCCUGACUCCGACUGUGGCCUACCAGAUUGUUUGUCUAAUGGGGUUAGCAGUGCCAAUACGCCUCAAGGGAGUCCAUAUCAUCAACUACUCCUGGAUCCUGAACACAUUCUUCUACAUCUUCAAGAAGUUCAUACCGCAACACGCGUGGCAGUACAUACACUUCCACGGCAACGACCUACAAUCACUCCAAAAACACUUAGAUUUAGAGUGCCUCCCUCCCAGGUACGGAGGCCAAUGUAGGGCAGGCGCAAACUUCGGAGUCUGGUUGACAAAGAUAAAGAAAUACCGAAACGAACAGUUUGAUAAGGAAAUGAAACAAUUGGGUUAUGUUAUCAAGGAGUAAUUAUGUUGUCGACUUGUUAAUUGGCACUUGAUCGAUUACUCUAAAUGGACUGAUAGAUUAUAGUCUCUUAUAGGCCACGUUUAUAAUUAAAUUGUACAGUAAAUAGUAUAUAAACUAUCCAUAAACAAGUCAAAAUCUUGAAGUUAGAUAAAGGCCAAUUUUCUCUAUACUGAUUGACGUUAUGGAAAAUGCCACACGGUUAAGCGUUUGUGAGAUUGUUUCUUAGUGCCAUCUUUGUCUUGUCAAUACGAGUAUAUGGAAAAAAAUGUAAACACAAAUGGAUGUUAUAUAAUUAGGUUCGUAACACGAAGAAAAUAGAGUAUAAAUUGCAUUACUAUAAUGUUUUUGAUGGUGAUUUAGGGUAACUGUCCAUGUCACGUCAUUUGGCGAAUGCAUGCAUUCUUCACAAAAUAAUAGGCGAUCUAAUAGGCGAUCUAUGAAUGACAAAUGAUUGCAUUUUGCUAAGGAACAAUGAAAACUGUCUAGGAAGCGGUUACUACGAUUUUGACGAAUGCACGCAGCCUGCAAAUGACGCAACAUGGACUGUAGCUCUUACGUAAUGAACAAUAGUAUACAACAAAUAUCUACUUAACAAAUUGACCAUAAUUAUUCUAUAGGUACUAUUUGCAUUUAGACAUGUUUUUAAAAUUGUGAAUGUCAAUAAAAUGUAUGGAACUAAGUUUUGGUGCUAGAUUAAUAGAUUUUGUAGUUUUAGUUUAAUUUAGGAUAUAAGGUAUCUGUGAGGUUCAGUCAAUUACCUAUUUAUGUCUAUUUAAAAAAUGUAAAAAUCGUAAGUAGUAAGCACCUAGUGCAUAAUUGUUACAUUUACCGGGCAAUGAAAACGUGAUACCUUUGAGAACAAUGAUCGUCAAAGUCAAAGUUAACAAUUCUGAUUGAAAGUCAAAUUAGAUGAAAACUAAAAUCUGUCACCACUGUCAAACACGAAGAUAAGGUAUUGUUAAAGUUUCGAAGGUACUAAAUAAAAUUUUACGAAGAAAUGCUCAAUGCUCAAAUAGAAAGAAAAAGAAAGAACAUAAUAUCAUUUAUAAUGUAGUUUUUCAACCCAUUUAAUGAGGGUUUUCACGCGUAUGGUGGCCUAGUAUAUUCUAUAAUAAAAAAAAGAUAUUGUGUAUUUCCUAAAACAUGAUUUAAAGUAACUUUUUCAAAUCAAGUCAUUUAGCCAAUCAAUUUGUAAUUAUUACGUCUCACUAGUGCCAUCUUAUGAGCGCAAAAUCGAAAACGUUUAAACGUUAACUGUAUAAAAACUUAAAUUAUCCAAGCUAUGUGCCUUCUGGAUUUAAAAAUGACCUUAUAAUUAUGUAAAUUAAGGUUUAAGUCAAAUUGCUAGACUAAUACAUAAUAAUGAUUAUUUUGUGAUAUUUUUUUACCUAAAUAGAUAGAUGAAAUUAUACUUUUAAAUACAAA